UGUUGUAACUCCCAUCCUAACCAAACUUUUCAAUCGUUCACUCACUUCCUCAACAUUUCCAUCACCCUGGAAGUCUGGCAAAGUAACAGCGCUUUUUAAAUCUGGUGACAAAUCCAAUGCUAGCAAUUACAGACCAAUCACGAUACUCCCAACAAUUAGUAAAGUUCUCGAGAAAGCAGUCCACUCUCAAGUUUACCGCUACCUUAUUGACAAUAAAAUACUAACACCCCGACAGUUUGGUUUCAGACCUAAACUUUCCACUGAGAUUGCGCUUGCACAUUUCACGGACACCAUUUUGGCUAAUAUGGACAAGGGUUUAGUAACAGGAGCUGUUUUUCUUGACCUGGCUAAAGCCUUUGAUACUGUCGACCAUUCUCUUUUAUUUGACAAGCUUGCCUCAUCUGGUCUCUCCAAUGAUUCUGUCAACUGGUUCAAGUCAUACCUAAGCAAUAGAAAUCAACUUACCGCCCUGGCUAACACUGUUUCCUCCUUCAAACACGUUCCUGUCGGAGUUCCUCAAGGUAGUGUUUUGGGUCCACUACUAUUCCUUAUUUUUGUUAAUGAUUUGCCUUAUUGUAUCAACCAUUGUGAAAUAUCCUUAUACGCUGACGACACUGUGAUAUACCUUUCUUCAAACAAUGCUUGCGAUCUUGAAAUGAAGUUAAAUUCCGAUCUAAAACACCUAUGCAGAUGGUUUAACGACAAUCUUCUGACACUUAAUGUCUCCAAGUGUAAAUUUAUAAUUUACGGAAGUUCUCGCAAAGUUGCAAAAUUUAACAAUGUUUCCAUCACGGUUAAUGAUUCCAUACUUGAUAGAAUUGACUCCUUCAAAUACUUAGGAGUUACAAUUCAACAAAACUUAACCUGGUCAGAACAUAUCGACAACAUCAGCAAGAAGUUUAAUCAACGCCUUGGUCUCAUUCGCCGCAUAAAAUUCUUACUCCCUAUUCAAGCCAGACUCACCCUCUACAAUAGUCUUGUUCUCCCUCUAUUGGACUACAGUGAUAUCGUGUGGGGAGAUAAAAACAACUCCACUCUAAUGAACCACCUUCAAGUUCUGCAACAUAACGCUGCGAGACUUAUCCUUGAUCUUCCUCGCCAUUCUUCCGCUACCGAAGCCCUUGAAACUCGAGAGUGGAAACCCCUUUAUCUACGUCGAAAAUACCACCGUUGUAUCUCCGUCUUUAAAUGUCUUAACCGUCUAGUCGACUUUGAUUUUAACCUUACCAUAAUCUCCCGUAUACAUAGCCAUAAAACACGCCAGAACAACAACUACUACCUUCCACGCCCACGUACGAAUUGGGGAAAACAGCAAUUCACUUAUCACUCAGUAUCGGAAUGGAACUCAUUACCUAUUGAACUGAAACAAUCUACUAAUCUUAAUCUCUUUAAAUCCAAACUAAAACAAUUUAUCUAAUUAAGGUGAACAAUUUAUCUAAUUAAGUUGAGUUUUUUUCUAACUAUGAAGUAUAAUUAUAUAUAAUCCACUUGUAAAUAUUUUAUAGUUUUUAAAUAAGCAUAGUAUAGUUUACCAUGUAUAAUAUAGAUAUAUAUUACAGGACCUCCCUGAAAAACACUUCGGUGAGAGGAGCUUCCUGAAUAAAUAUUAUUAUUAUUAUUAUUUAUUAAUAUUUGUACGCUUGCAUGAUGAUAAACAUAUGAUACUUUUGUUUGUGGAAACACCACGUAAAUUUACUGUUUACUGCAAAGCUUUCGAUCCGUAAGCCCGGUCUUCGAUCAUCAUGAGUGAUGAAGAUACGGGCUUAUUCGUGUUGUAG